UACUACGUCUCAGCUUUAUUUGAGUCUUUUCUGCCAAAUAAAAGGAAGGCAUCAAUCCGAUCCUUCCACCACCUCUUCUUCCUUGAGUCCCCCUGCUUUGAUGCUUCGUAGCUACUAGCUGCUCUAGCAGCGAUCGACGAGCUGCAUCGAUCCCCCAAUCAAUCAUAUCCAACCAAACCAUGUCGUCGUCGUGGCUGCACUCCUCCGACCGCCGCUGGAAGCGCAGCAGCUGGACGGCGCGGGCGCUCUCCUCCUGCUCGCUCCCGCCUCCCGGCCUGCUCGCCUUCUUCGCCAUCGUCGUCUUCUUCCUCGCAGUCUCCGGCUACGUCGACUACAAGGCCAUCGAGCGCCGCGCGGAGAUCGGCGCCCGCGUCUUCGCCGCGCCGCUCGCCCUCGCCGCCGCCUUCCUCCUCUUCGCCGCCAUCAGCUGGCGCCGCAGGUACUGGGCCACCAGGAGGAGGGGGAGGAGGCCCCUGGUAGUGGUCGACAACCCACCAGCUGCCUCGACGGCGGCCGCGCCCUGGGGCGUCGCGCUGGCGGUGGCCAUACUGCUGCUCAUGAUGUCGUUCCAGCCAGCCGUCCACUCCAUGUGGUUCAGGCCUCUCUGGGACUCCGACGACUACUAGCUAGCUUUCUACCUUGUUCUUCUCUUGUUCGACAUAUAGUAACACCAUGCAUGCUCCUACUAGUGUACUAGUAGUAUGUGCUGCUUUUGUUCGACGAUCGAUAUGCAUGUUUCCAGCACAAUUGUUUUGAGAAAACAAUUGUUUUGCAAGGGAACAACCAGUUUCCAACUAACGAUCUCCACAUCAAA